GGUGUGUUAUAAACAGGUCAUAGCGAUGUCAGGUUCAUCACUACCUAAGGUAAGGUAGGUAGAUUUUAUGACAACCGCACCACAUCAUCCCGGGUCCGGAAUUCCCAGCCCAAUCCGAUGUAUCGGCCAAUGGUACUCCGUACCCGUACCGUGUACAGUUGUCGUACGAAGUACCCCGAAUGGGUGGCACCACGCCCGACACCCGACAUGCCUUCCACGCCACGCAACUUGCGUGCUGGUUUGUGUGAUCCAUGCCUGGGGCCCAAGCCACCGAUUCCUUGUUACGAGUUGAUUGCCCAUGACACAACGCCGUCAAACAAUAACUUGGUAAACACACCGAGUCUUCCGACUCAUCUUCAAUUAUUAUUUCCAACCCGAUUGAGACUCAAUUAUUUCGUCAUCUCACCUGCGAAGGAUAACACUUUUCCGCGGAAGAAUUCUUGGAGAGAACAGACGAACCUUACCGGUGCUACCCGAGUCUGCCGAUUUCAUUUAUAGGAUCCAAUUCUUUUCUUCCGUCUCGCUCUUGCAACGUGUAUCUAUGCCUAACUAAAGGAUAAACAGGUUUAUUAUUUCGGGUCGAAAGAUGUGCACGAAGUGUUUCCCAGCCUUGGAUAUCAGUGAUGCGAAAAGGGAGCGUUUGGCUACCUUAGGUAUGUAAACCCAAUGCAUACAACGUAUACCCCGUACUGUACUUCCUUUGUAGUACGACUAUGUCAUAUCGAG